GAAUAGUCAAAGUUGGGUUGUGUUUGACCCCAUAUCUUAUAAAUGUCAAAAACGCUUAGAGCUUGUGUUUUCUCUUCCUAAUUAGUUAGUUCGCAUGUUUGGUCACGCUUAGAGCUUGUGUUUUCUCUUCAACCAUUUGUUCCGAAGUCUUGACUUCCAAAAAUAUUUAAUAGAAUCAUAAAAUUGCUAAACUGAAUAACACUAGAAUUUGAAUUACUGUAGAAGAAGGAUUAAAUAUAUUCAAUCCAUUAACACACGAAUUUCAAAGAAUUGUUGAAAUACAUAACUGAAUAAAACUAGAAUUUAGUUGAAACUUAGAUUUCUUUAGAUUCAUUUAAACUUCUAAUACCACACCUUAAAAUAAUAAAAUAAAAUAAAAAUAUUUGAAAUAAUUUUCUUUUUUAAAAAUGGUUGAGAUAUUUAAAAGGUUAUCGAAUUUUAGUUUAAGAUAUUUUGUGGAAUCAUAAACAAAAAAUUUAAUAUCUAAUGAGAAAAAGGAAAGGAAAAGAAUUGUUAUUGCCGUCUUCCUCAAGAUUCGUUAGGGUUUAUAUAAUGUCAAUAAGACCAUCGCCAUCCUCAAGAUUCCCUUGAAAAGAAAAAUAUUGCAUUGCUAUUUUGGCUGCAAUGAUUCAGAGUUCCAUCAUCUUACUCUAAUAGCUUUGUUUGGUUUUCCUUUUUAUAUAUAAAGAGUAGGUUUGGUUUUGGAUGCUACUUUAGGCCAGGGAGUACUGAAACUAUAGAACCCCUUUUUGUCUUCUGCGUGUCUGGUUUCCAGAUUGCGCUAAUGGACAGAAUCAGUCACUUACCUGAGGAAAUCAUAUCGAAGAUAUUGUCUUUUCUUCCGACCAGAGAUGUAAUGCGAACUAUGUUUUUGUCUAAAAGCUGGAAGUCUCUCUGGAUACUGGUACCAAGACUUGAGUUUGAUGACACUCACUUUCUACGUGGGGGUACUUCAAGGGCCUCUCAUUAUGGAAACUUUCGGCGGUUUGUGGACAGAUCUUUGCUGUCACACGCAGCCGCAGGUCAAGUUCUUCAAAGUCUGUCUCUCAGAUCAGCUCACAAUGUCACACGUGAUGAUGUUGAGAUUUGGCUCAGAACCGCGGUGAAACUUGGUCUAAAGGAGCUGAAACUCGUAAACUUUGUUGAUUAUCGUGGUCUUGGUCUAAGAAGUAUAUACACUUGUGAAACGCUUGUGGUCUUGAGACUCGAAAAGUCUACUUUGGAUGUUCCUGAUCACGUUUGCCUAAGAUCUCUGAAAACUUUAUCCCUCAUAUAUAUGACUUACUCUAGCCCCAAUUCUCUCCUUAGAAUGUUACCUAGUUGUCCUGUUCUUGAAGAAUUGUUCCUACAGCAAACACAAGCCUAUCAGACCAAUGUGCUGAGUCUUAAGAUUAUGGUGCCUUCUUUGAAGAGAUUAUCUUUGAUUUCCGAAGGUUAUCGACCCACAGGAGAUGUGAAUCUUAUGAUAGAUACUCCUUCCUUGAAAUCCUUGCAAAUUGUAGAUCGUUCAGGCAACUUUUCAUUUAGCGAGCCAAUGAACAUCAACCAAGUGCUGAAAGCCAAUGUUGAUGUUAUUCUCAAGCGUCCUGAGAAGCUUCUGCAUUCUCUUGCUUCAGUCGUGCAUAUUCGUCUAUGUUUAUCAGCUUCAGAGGUGGUGUAUCCUGAUGGGUGUUGCUUCCAUAGACUCAAACAUUUGGAGGUAUGUACAUGCAAAUCAGAGUGGCUGUUACUAUUUAUGCGUGUGCUCCAAGAUUCACCUGUCUUAAAGGUUAUCAAAAUCAACCAGUGUCAUCCUGUUAUUAAUCCACGGACUCGUCACUGGAACCAACCGGGCUCUGUUCCAAGAUGUUUCUCCUCAAAUCUUGAAUAUUUUGAGUGGGUAAAUUACGAAGGAACACAAUACGAGAAACAACUUUCGACGUACAUCUUGAAAACCGCAGUUUUCUUAAAGAAGGCGAGCUUCACUGCUAGUUCCGGUGAUGAUUACAAGGAGAAACUGCAGAUGCUUCAGGAGUUAUCUUUUUCACGAAGGGCUUCAUCCACUUGUGAGCUUGUGUUUAACUGAAUAGCUCAUGCUGAUCACUCUAAGGUCAAACCCUCUGCUCGGAUGCUUUCUCAACAAGUCAUAUAUCUUCUCGUGUUCUUUUGACUAAAAAUCUAUCUGCAUCAAAUAGUGUCUGCAAGACUGCUAGUGUCAUCUCUUUUGGAGUUUUGGGUUUUAGGUUUCAUAUUAAACUCUACAGAUUUUAUUACACAUCUCCAAUUAAUUUACUAUAUUUUUUGCUCUAAAUAGAAUAUUAUAAUACAUGUGAAAUUUACUCUGAUGUAUUACUCGAAAAUAGUAUUCCUCUGUAUUUGGGAUGAAAAAUAGAAAAAAAUACUAUUUAAAAAAAACGAAUAUUAUUUUAGAAGAAUAAAUAGAGGUGAAUUUGAGUAGAUCUGCAUCUGAAUCUAUUAUAUAGAAAAAUAAAUAAAUAAUUAUAUAUAUAUAUAUAUAUAUAUAUAUAUAUAUAUAUAUAUAUAUACAUAUAACUCAAAGGAACUCAUCGAACAAAGAAAACAAGGGUAAAAACCUAACUAGGUCUCUUCAGUAGGGACAGAUUCCUCUUCUCGCCAUUGUCGAGAAGCAACAGGUUAACCUGACUUAGGGUUUUGUUCUCUCUGUGUUGACAGCGAUUAGUUAUUCGGUUAAAAUCAUAGGAAGAGGAUAUGGACAGAAUCAGUUUACUGCCUAAUGAUUUCUUACUGCACAUACUCUCGUUGCUUCCUACAAAAGAUGUCCCAGCCACUAGUCUUUUGUCAAAACGGUGGCUAAAUCUAUGGAAGUUAGUGUCUUAACUCAAUUACAUCGAAAGAUACGACAAUGAUGAUCACGUGGGAUUCGUCCGGUUCGUGGACAGAUCUUUGCUUUUAAACACGGCUCUAGUCUUAGAAAGCUUGCACCUCAAGUUAGAUCAACAAUGCAGCGAUGUAGAUGUUGGAUUUUGGAUUAUAACUGCAGUCAAACGCGGUCUGCGAGAGCUUAGUUUCGAGAACUGUUAUACGAUUGAGGAGCCUAUCAGAUUGCCUCAGAGCUUGUACACAUGUGGAACACUUGUGGCACUAAAACUACAAAACGUGUCGCUUGUGGAUGUUCAGUUCCCUGUAUGUUUCAAAUUGCUCAAAACGUUGCACUUGGAUGAGGUUAUUUACUUAGACGAUGAAACUCCGAAGAAGCUAUUAUCAUGCUGUCCUAUUCUUCAAGUAUUGGACUUGGACCGAGCUGAAAAUGACAAUGUGAGGAGAUUCUCUAUUACGGUGCCUUCAUUACAAAAAUUUGACUAUUAUGGAAGACCUGGUUCUGUGCUUGUGAUGAAUACGCCUUCUUUGAAGUAUUUCAAGACUUUAGACUAUGCUUGUGAGUGUAUGAUUGAGUACUUGCCUGAGAUCUUGGUAGCACAUGUCGAGGUUACAUGUAGCAACACUGAUGAUAUCCUCAGAUCUCUUGCUUCAGUCAAACGCCUCUUGUUGUGUCUAUCCUCAGAGGUGAUAAUAUAUCCUUGAUAACACCAUUAGGGCAUCAUUAUGGGAUCUCUCAACUGGAAUCUCUUACGGCAUAAUUAAAUAUAAUUACAGGAGAAUUUCUCAAAAACAUGGUUUAUCAAAUAUUUAUAGAUUCUCAUUUUAUAAUAUUAAUAUAAAUAUUGUAAGAUUUCUUUUGUGAUUGAAUCAAACUUACAGUGUUUAUGCUUGCUUAUGUUUUUCGUACCGCAUCCUCAGUUUCCUUCUGGUAGUAUCUUCCACCAGCUUGAACACUUGGAGUUUUGCACAUGUGAAACAAAGUGUGAUCUGCUAAUGUCUUUGCUCCAACAUUCCCCAAAACUUCGUUCUCUCAAGCUAAACGAGGUAAGUAAAACCUUUUAAAAACUAUGAAGAGCGUUGAGGGUUCUCUUGUCUAAACUUUGAAUGGUCUAAUAACUACGCAAAUGCAAUCAGACCCAUGGUAAUGUGUGUGGAUAUCGUACACUUCAUUGGGAGGAACCAAGCACUGUCCCUGAAACGCUGAUGUUGGUUCUUGAGACUUUUGAGUGGAGAAACUACAGAGGAAGGAAUGUAGAGAGAGAACUCGCAAGUUUUGUGUUGAAACAUGCAAGGCGUCUAAAGGUUGCGACGUUUUCUCCCUUAGCCAGCACACAACUGGAUACCACACUGGGAGAGAAAUAUCGUAUGAUCACGGAGUUGGCGCGUUUGCCGAGGGGAUCGACUGAGUGUGAGCUUAUGUUUGGAUGAAUAACUUAUGUAUUGUGAGGAGGAAAGGUAGAACAAUCGACAAAGAAAGACUCUCACUGGAUAAUUUUAAAAGGCCAUUUUUGUGCUAUGCAUUACUUGAAACAUUAUUGCUUCUACAUGGGAAAGAAAUUUAAGAUUGCAAGACAUAGAAGUAGAGUAUAAAUGAUUUGUUCGUCUCAAUUUUUGUUGCAUUUCCCGAAACCAUUUUUUUCAAACUUUUUUUCAAAAUUUAUGUUUCUAUUUUGUGUACAUUAGCGUUAAAAUUAUGAUUAUUUUCUGUAUAUUCCUUAAAGAUUUAGUCGUGUAAAAAACAAAUUUACAAGGUCAAAGGUUUUAAAUUGACCAAAUUAAGGUCAAAGGUUUGAAAACUCAGCUUU